CUAGAGGAGUGGAUGAGAGUGUGUGUGUGAGUUUUGUAGUAUUAGUAGUAGCUGAAACUCCGGCGUGAUCGUAGCGUGCGCGCGGCGGAGCCAAUACCGAACUACACCAACAUCAACUCUUCAUCCUCAUAUACAUAACUGGAGUCAACAUUUUUUACAUAAAAAAAUUAUCAUAGACAGGAACGAGAAAAACGGAAAAAGGGCGCAUUCUCAAGCAUGACCCCGAGCGACGUCGAUGCAGCUGGGAAGCAGCAGCCGGUGAACGUCGUCCUGCGUGCUGGUCCAAGACUCGGGUCGUCGCCGGUCGGAUGGCGAAGCUGGUGAGCGGCCCGCGAGCGGUGAUAAGACAAGUCGCAGCAGCAGAGAUGAAGCCGUCGCCCGGUGAGGCGGCCGGCAGGACGGAGAAAGUGUGGUGGUGCAGGUUGUUGUUAGUGGUGUUGAUGCUGGUGACGGUUGGCGUUGACGCGGCAACGGCGACGACGCCGCUGCUCUUCGCGUGUUCGGCCAAGCAGAGCCGCGUGCUGCAGUUCGAAGACGCCGGCGCCAAGGCCUUCCUGUCGCCGGUCGUCUUCAAGGGCCUCGUCAAGAGCCGAACGCCGGUUGACGCCCGCGGUCUCUACGAGGCCUCCUUCCUCAUCGUGCAGCCCUUGAAGGGCUUCGCGCACCCCACGCCCAAGAAGCGGCGGCGGCGCCUCCAGCUCGCGGCGCCCAACGCCGGCGCCGCCUGCAGACACGGUGCUGUUGCCGCCCUCGUCGACGUCAACUCCACGUACCUCGUGUUCGCCGACCGCGCGUCGCAGCACCAAUUCCGCCCGUUGGCGCCGCCGCUGCCCGCCACCAAACGUCACGAGGAUGCCGUCGACAGGGUCCUCUGUCGCACCUGUGAAAUGCGGCCUCCGUCGGUCACCGGCCUGCAGAACGUCACAGUCAGGGCCAGGCUAAAGCUGAAGCUUACCUGCCAGUACGACGGCAGCCCACCACCGCUCAUCGAGUGGUACAAGCGGGGGAGGCGGAUUGAGCCCUCGAAAAGGACCAAAAUUGUAAAUAAAAAGCGGCGGUCGGUGCUGACGAUCGCGCGAGUGUCCAAGAGCGACGCUGGCAAGUACGAGUGCAGAGCGGUGUCGGUUACUGACGAGAAAGUGAGUGCGUCCGCUCAUGUUACAGUCACUAAUGAGCAAACGCCAAGUCGACCAGAUAACAGCACAACGCUGUGGCCGUUGGUGAACACGCUGUGUCCAAUCAACUCAUACUGUUUAAAUGGAGGAACGUGUCUCUAUUACGAAGCUGUGGGAGAGCUAGUGUGCGAGUGUGCUGAAGGGUUCAAAGGAAAGCGUUGCGAAAACAAGGAUGUUUACAACAAGGGUAGCAAAAGAAGAAGGACUUCUUGUUGCGGAGGCGACGACGGCCAGCAGCAGUCCCAGCAGUCGGCCGCCCUAGGCGCUGCCGCCCUUCUGCGCCGAAGAAUGUCCGAGUGUCUCGCUUCCUCAAACUGCGCCGUCUCUAUGCGCAGGAGGCGCCUCAGGGACUUGACGCUCUUCACUCUGCCCCUCACCCCUAAGGAGAGAACCUUCAUGCAGGGCGACAAGCCCAAUCCACGCUUUUCUCAGCCCAAAUUAAAGUAGCCCGGCGCAAUCUGAAUUAUAUAGGACGUUCAAAGUAGCAGCCGGGCGAAAAUCCAAUUUUGAAAACAGAAUUGCGCGCAUUAGAAAAAGUAUAUAUUUGAAGAACACACUGCAUAGGCUCUUUAUAGUUUGAAACUUAUGAAAACCGAGUGCCACCAAAAACGAUGGAUUGUUUUGCAACGAAGCCCCUGACAAUGAGAUGAGAAUUUUAGCAGCAAUUAAGUGAGGCGGAAUGGAGAAUCAAAUUUUUUUUCGUUGAAGUGAAUGAAUUCAGUGGGAAAUCUGUAAGCAUACCAAAGACUUUUAUGUGUGUAAUAUAAAUUAUGUGCAUAGAAUGUGGACAUUAUUGAAGGAUGAGUUGUUAUAACUAUGACAUGUAUUCGAAUGUGCCAUGACGAGUGAUACUUUAAAAAAAAUGAGAUGAUGGUAUUUGUGUACAAUAAAUAUAAUGAAGUAAAAAUACAUUAUAGUAAUACUUGUGGAAAAGUGAAAUUGCAGUGAGAGAAGUCAAAGUGAUAUACGAAGUAAUGACAAAGUAGGAAAUAUUUAAAGAGAAAGAGACCUGAUGGAAAACAAUGAAUUGACUCUUUAUCAAUUGUUAAAAAAAAAACUUUAAAGAAAUAAAAAAUGUUGCAAGUCUACAAGCUGAGAAAACAUCUUUAAUAAAAAGUUCUGCGGCAAGUUAAUACAGCGUGCGCUAGUUUCCUUUUUGCUGUCUUGUGUGAUCCUUGAACUGGCGCUUAAAAUUAUACUGACAAUGUUACAAUGAAUGUGUAAAUUUCAUUGCUCUACGUAGCGUUUGUUUUUCUUUCAAACUUCAAGACCAAAUAUAUUUAACUGUUGUCAUCAGAGACUAGUUCCGAUUAAUAGGUCUACAAGCUGUUGAUUAGCAAAAGAAGUUGUAGCGGAUUAAAACACUGUUGCAGUCAAUCUGUUAGUAAAUAGCAAUUAAUUAUGAUGUCUGUUUAGACCAUUAAUAAUUCCAAACAUUCUCAAAGAAAGUUGCUGUUAACACAAUUAUGUAAUAAAAUAUAAUAUAUUUCUUUGUGAGGAGCGGACUGUGGGGAAUAUUGGCUGAAUUUGAACCAGUCUUUUACUUCAUUGAAAGGAAAAAAAAAAAUGUUGUAAUCAAGAGUCAAUCACAAAGUUGCCUUGAAAGGAAAAAAUAAAAUUAUCGCCAGCAGUCUGUUCCUAUUCUUGUGAAACUUCUAUAAAUGGCUGCUUUUUGUGUGCUUCAACAAAAACUAGGCAAGCUUUAAAGUAUCUAAAUACCAAGUCUUUUCUUGUUGCUCCAUCAGACCACGUAGCUACUUGAUGAAACAACCACGCAACACACUGUUCACAAUAUUGAUUAUUUUGCAUUUAUCAAAAUAUAAUGGAAACACGACAAAAUGUGUCAGCAAGAAAGCAUGACAACUGAUUUUGAACCAAUCAAAAAAUUCUAUUCGUGAUUGAUUUGUACUUUUGUUUCACUUUUAUUUUUUCAUGUGAAAAGUUCCUUGUCUUUUGAUCCCAACUAUAUUUGAAAAUUGCACAAUGAGAUGUCUCAUGUUUUUUCUUACAAUUGUCAAAGCUUUUGAAUCUUAGCUGCUACAUUUAGACAUGUUUAAUGUCUAUUGUUAAAUGUUUGAUGUAAAUAUGCAAAUAGAAAAAAGAAAUAAAUUAUAAUAGCUUGUAACAUUAAA